AUGAUAAGAAAGCUGCUUAGCACAUUACUCAUUACGGGAAUAGUCGGAUGCACUAAUUUGUCCUCUCAAAAUGAUCCAAAGGAAUUACAAAGCCUGUUCGACAGGGAUUCCUUCAGGAUAGACAUCGAAAAUAGGGAGGAGUGCUCCCUUAAAUAUGACACGAUGAAGACGCAUUUCAGGCACGUGUACUUUGUUCAAUGUAGGGGGAAUGCCAAAAGUGUACGACUAAAUUUGGUGGGUGAGUCACAAAAGAGGGGUGCACAUCAGAGGGGAGAACCAAACCAGCAGCGCAGUGCGGGGAGAAAAAAUCAAGUUGCCUUCUUCAAUCGGCGCGGAAAAAAAAUAACCAGCGAUAACAUAAUCCUCCAGUAUGGAAAUAACAGAAAAGUAAUUUACAAGGUUUGCCAAAUGGAGGACCCUCCCCAAUGCACCUUCAUUUAUGUCAUCAUUUCUUUCCAUUUCGAUGUAAGGGGCCUGAGAGAGUUGCUCCUAAGUAAUUUUACUACGGAAGAAAAGGAAGGAGCCAAAUUAAACAUCCUCCACCCAGACAAUGUAAAAGUGGGGAAUAUAAAUGAAUACCUCCUUCAGCACUUCCUCCUCGAUAUCAAAAAAGUAACCCACUUUUACGAAAUUAGCGUUAACGUGACGAAUGACGGUCAUCCAUUGUAUCUGUACGCUUCAUCUCACACGUCCAACUUUGUCUACCUUGAUAGAAAUUUGCGCAAUCUCUUAAAAGAGGAAAACUACCAAUACGAAACCUACUUCUAUAAAUUUAGAUGUGCGGAUAACUCCCAACUAUUUGCGGCCACUAGCGACACCAACAAGGCGAACUUCUUCGUGUACAGACUGGGCAUUACAUGCAUAGGAGGUAAUGAAGUUAACAAAGUUAACGAAUCUAGCAACGAUGGAAGAAGCCACUUCAGUUCCCCCUUCGAUGUAAGCGUUGCAGAUCCCACGUUUAUUAUGCCUCCAUUUCGCAUGGAUGAAUUCAAGUAUGAUGUGUUCACCCCUGAUAACAACUUUUGGCUUCGCAUUAACUCCCCAAAUGUGUGUCACCCCGACGGUAAUAUCUCCCUAAAUGACAAAAGAGUGAUAACUCAGUACAACCUGGUAACGUUGAAUGAGCACAUGGACGAACUGUUCUAUGAUGACUGCAUAGAGCAGUGGCAACUCCUGCAGAAAAGCAGUGCCGUUCAGCAGGAUGAAAACUGCUCGGACGUGAAAAAGAGACAAGAUUAUUUGAUCUUCGGAAAUGUGCACGACGAGGACGCAUCCAACUGUCGAAGGCAGUGCAAAACAGACCUGUUUGGCGAAGGGAUACACCUGGAAAGCUCUUCCUGGCAAAAUAUCUUCUCAUCAAAGAGGCAAAUAAAAUUUCGCAACCAUCAAGAAAUAAACAAAGUUAUAUUCCCCACGAAAAGGGUCUUCAUACUCAAGUAUACAAGCGAACCGGAGAAGCAUGCCAAUGUUGAAGCUAAAAGGAUGCGCGAUAAAACGAAGGUGCUAUACUACUUUUUUUACAUACACAGAAUUCCAACCAAUAUUAUAGCGAACAGUUUCGCAUUUAUUGCCUUCCUAAAAAAUGCAAAUUGUGCCCCAAAUAAUAUUUGCCACCUGGAAAACGAUGGACAGCCAUCCUACAUCCAAGUUGUAUUUAAAAAAAAAAAAAAUAAACAUUUGAGUUACUUAAGCACAAACCUGCUACUAACCCAGAAGAAUGCAAACUGGAGUCACUACACUGACAAAAGGGAAAACCUCCAAUUAUUCAUAAACAAUGAAAAUAUUUCCGACAAUAUUAAGUACCCAAUAAACGAAAUAGGGAAGAAGGAGAAAAAAAUUAACAUAAAAAUAGUCGACCAAAAUAAUAAUCUUCUUUACAACAACGAUUUGAUUAUUAUAAGGAAAAAUGUAUUUUAUAAAAUUGCCUUACAAUUUCUUUCUUACUUUUCUUAUGCUUAUAUUAUUUUUUGUUUCUGUCUACACACAGCAACCGUUUUAACAUCCAUUCAAUUUGUACAAGUAUUGACACUUUUGAAUAUAAAGUAUGACGCCUUUCCCCCCCUGUAUAAUUACUUCCUAAAAAAAUUGCAUCCACUUUCUUUCAUUUCGCACGUCUUUGAUGUUAAGGUGUACAGAAAAAAUGUGGCUAAUCAGUAUGCAAAUGCGCAACUGCUCAGGUGGAACUCAGCUACAGGGCCGCAUAGCACAAAUGGAGAUCAUAACUUGGAGGGUGUUCACAACACAAGGGAAAAUAAUUUUGUGCAGCCUCAAAAAGGACAUUACUAUGGGGGAAAUUUCUCUCACGAAAGACAUACUAACAGGGGGAACCUCCGCGGGAACGCAAACAAGAUGACUGAUAGCAGCAUCAAAGGUGACCAUCUCCAAAAGGAUAACCAUUACGACAUGGAAAAAGAAACCCUAAUUAAUGAGACACCCUCGAAGGAACCUUCUCCCCACAGUAAAAGCAAAAAAGAUGCAGAUGCAAUGAAAAAAAAAUACCUUAAGAAGGAAUCAAUGACUAACCAGCGCAAUCAAAAAUGGGAAGAUGAAAUUAUGCUUUUGCAUACCUUAGUUAGCACCCUUUUGAAUAUCAUCAUCCUUCUUCUUUUAUUCACAUUCCUCCAUUUUGUAUAUGGAAAAUAUAUACAAAGGAAGAGCAUAGUAGAAAUGACUUCUAUGCCAUUUUUCUGCCUCCCUAAUUUUGUCCCCCUCGUAUAUGACCUAUUUUUAUUUCCUGUCAUUUUUAUCACAUCUAAUAUAGUACUUCAUGACAGUGGUUAUCAAGUCAAGGUUUAUUUUCUCCACAUUGACAUUUGUGUGCUUAAAUUUGUGAGCGUAGUGUUGCUCUUUUGUUAUGUCUUGUCUUAUGUCCUCUUUUCUUUGCGUGUUGUCCUAUCCGUUAAAGGGAGCAGCACCUAUUGUUGUUAUUUUCAAACGUUCAUUCCACUGUCUAUUAGCAGAAUUCGUGGUAUUGUAACAAAGCCACUCCCCUUUCGAUUUCUUUUUAAUGGCCCCACUGGGAUUUAUCUACCAUCACGCCUUACACUGCUUAACAGUGCAGCACGGGGAACGUCCCACCCAAGUUAUGCUCUCACAAACCAGCACGUGAAGGGAACAACGCAAACGCACAAAGAAGAAAUACACCCAUUUUUCUAUUCUCUAUCAGCCUGUGGGGUAAGCGAAGCCAAAAGAUUCCUCAAGAAAAAUGCCUCCUUGAAGCGAAUUAUUCGCAAUUACGUAGACAAACAGAGAGGAAAGUAUAAACGAAUCGGUUUGUCGCAUCACCAACCUUUGCUACAAGACAUAGAAUUGUCAGUACCCACAGGAAGUGAUACCCCCAAAAAAGGGUCUAGAAAACACAUUUCUAGUAAAAGGCAUUUUCCCAAGAAAGGCAAUUCGCCAAGCGGUAUCAUCACCCCGAGUGACGAUCAAAAAGGUGAUGCCUAUGAUGAUAAUAACGAUGGUGAUUGUGGUGAUAGCUCCCUCGCGAGGAAUACCAUAAAUAACCCACUUCGGGAAAGGAACCUAGCUAAAGUUUUUACGAACGCGUUUUGCAUACUCGACCGACACAUUAGCGAACAUCAAUUGGGAGAUCCCCCAUUUGACAGCGACAGUUCCUACCCAGCUAGCGAAAAAUACCAAGCGCAGUUUUCAGCACUGAGGGAAAAUGAACCCCUUAUUAUACAUAUUAAUAAAUACAUUUGUAAAUUUCUUCGCGUGCAAAAUCAAGAACAUGGGGUGAACCAUCAAAUAGGAGCAUCUACACAAAUUAAGAUUCAUCAUAAGGGGGAAGAUAAAAAAUGCAACCAGGGAAAAUUAACGGAAAAUUUCCCAACCGUGUGCUUAACCGAGUGCAUAAGAAGAUUGCACCAUUUUAACGCACUCUCUAAUCGGUGCAAAUAUAAAAUAUCGUAUGCCGAAGCGGUGCAGCAAGACGCAUGGAGGAACAAGCUUCUCCGCGUGACGAUCAGCCGGGCAUCCCUAAGCCGUAGAAUCCGCCACAGCAACGGCACCAGUGAGAGGGACCCCAAUUUGCAUUUACUAACCCACCAGGAGGACACACACAUUGGCUACCUCUACGACAAAGUGUCCCUUUUUAAGAAAACCUUCUUCGUCAAAAAGGCUGUGAAACUUAAACAUGUAUACAUUCUACUCUCUCAGAAAAGGGAUAUACAACUUUUUGUAAAUAACGAGCAAGUUUGUGAUGACGCUCUGCAGAUCUACUCACUUACAAAUAAUUGUUCCAACGGAAACGCUUCUCAUUUUUUUUGCGUACGAUUAAUAACGGCCAUCUGCAUAACAGCUGUGAAUCUUUCAAUUCGGAAAGAUGUCCGUUUCGCCCUCUUUUCGCUAUCUCUCUUUUUCUUCGCCCUAUUUGUAUACAAUUUGUUUUCAAUUUUGAAACGAUGGGGCGGAGCGGAAUCGUGGGAAGCACCGGGGGAAUACCAAAAGGGGGAGACAUGUAAUGACAGAAGGAAAGCAACAGAAUCUUUCACCCACGGUGGAAAAUUGUCUAGUGGGAAGCUUCACCUAAGAAUCGACAAUGAUGAUGAAAACGAUGAUCAGAACGAUGUUGAUAAUGCUGAACGUAAUUUGUCACCUUUCAAAUCCACCCAACAGGGCAGAUACAAUGAAUGGCUGAAGGAAGAUAUGCUAACUUACGAAACGAGAUACCCUGAAUUAGUGCUAAGUGUGAUUCUUUUUUUUCUUCUCCUUUCUAAUAUGUUCCCUCGAAAGGGGGAGUACUCACAAUUGUUCGGCCUUCUCUUGUCCCUGUUAACCACUUCUCUUUGUGUAAACCCACGGAAAGUAAAAAAUGCCUUCCACAAAAUAAUAACACAUGCUAAACAUUUUGUAGCGGCGAAAUGGCACUCUGCUUAUCUUAAAAUAUAUGGAAUAUACUUCCUCCAUGCUGUAGAACAAUUGUGUGAUUACUUCAUACGAUGGAUAGUAACCAUUCAUUGUAAGAAUAAAGACUGUGACUUACCAACCGGAGGGAGUACCACAAGGAAGACAAGCUACGCAAAUAUUUGCUCAUAUUUUAGGGAUAAAUUUCUUCCUAACUACAAUGGAGUGACUUUUAAAAAUCUGAGAGCAGACAAAAUAGAAAUUCAUCAUCAAGAAAAAGACAUCGAUUAUAAAUAUGAAACGUUAACGUUAGACGAUAAUUGUAAAAGCGUCCUUAAAUAUGAGUUGCGAAAAAAUUUGUACCUCAUCGGAAAAAUGGAUCUCACUAAAUUGCAAAAGGAGGGACUAUCCAAUGUGCCCAUCUAUGUACAUAAUGAUGGGAAGAAAAAUAAAAACUAUUACAUAUGCUCCAUCGAUGUCGUAGAUGAGGAAAAUCGUUAUUCCAGAAAAUCCCUCUCGUUGUACAUAAAAAGGAAAGAUACCAAGAGGAAGAAAAUCCUCCUACACAGCAGCAGAAAGGGCGACCUUCUCUGGACUAGCAAAAUUACGCAGGAAAGGAAGCCACCCUUGGAUUACAUUCCAACAUAUGGCAAAUUGCCAAGCGAGGAUGGACCUGCCCAUGGGGGGAAUGCAGACAUUCCGACCAAUAAGACAAACUACCCGCACAUUAUUAAAUCGAACUGUGCGCGCCAAAGAGGCGAACGCAUUAAAGCCGACAAGUACUCCUACACAGUGCUGGGCAAAGAUGGACUAACCAUCGGAAGCCUCUUCAUUAAGCCAAACAGGACGUACAAAAUACAACCCGUGUUUAAGGAAAAGCACCUAAAAUGUAACCAAUCAGCACAUGCGAAAAAAGCAAAGUCUCCAAAUUUGAGCCUCGAUAAUUCUGCACAGUUCGCGAAUUCCUACCCACGCGAUCGCUUUGAUAGGGAAACAUUUCCUAAAUGUGACAAAAAUGGGAAUUCCCAUAUUGGUUGCGCGAAGUGGGAGGAAUUGUCAAACGGAGGGGAUGACUAUCCUUCUAGUGAUUCCCAACCAAGUGGUGAAGAUAGCCACAGAAAGGGGAACAGCAUGGCAAACCUUAGCACAGAUCCACAUAUACGUUCCCGAAAAAAAGGAAGAACAUUUAAGGAGGACGAAAUGUUCCGACAAUUUCGCGUCACAUGCGAGGACAUAGGAACGCUAACUGUGCCGCACGACAUCAAUUAUGUAGACACAUUUGAGGACAUAAAAGUGGAGAAUGAAUAUGGAGAAUCGUUUUGUCUAAAUUUGAGUAGGAAUUGCAUUACCUUCAUAAAAAAAGAAAGAAUUGUUAUUUUGAGUCACCCCUGUUUUUACAAAAAUGAAACAUAUUACGUUUAUCUGAGAGGAGGUGGACAAAAGUGCCUUUCCGAUUACUUAACCGAGGGAAUUUACGUGCAAAGUUCCCCAAAUGGAGAGAUCAUUUUAACCUCGUUUAGGCAGAACAAAAAAAUGAAUUCUGUCCAAAGCAGAAAUGAACAGACAAACACAGACAUAACGGAUGGCGAAGAGGAAAAUUUCUCCUGCAGAAGUAGAACACUCCUCGAUGAUCAAAUCCAUAUGUACAAAAUAAGUGACCAUAAAAAAAAAAAAAAAUUUUUUUUUGUUAAAGUGAAUAAAAAGAGUAACACUUUCUACGCGCAGAGUUACGUCAGAAGGAAAUGUAAAAAUGCACUGGACUUUGCAUUUAUGAAAAAAUUCUUCUGUAGGAAGUAUCAUCAGCAACAGGAACAACCGAUAGAUCAUUUCCUCGAGGAAAUAAAUGAGGCAGAUUUUGUCCCCAUUCAGUUGUUAUACAAGCUUAAGACAAGAACCGAUGUUACUGCUGCGAAAUGUUUGCAGAAUUACUUUAUCGAGUGCUUAAAUGAAUCUCCAAUUUUAUGCAAAGGGGAUGACCAAAAUGGAGAUGUGUCUGAUGUGCCUUACGAACUGUUGACCGCAUCCGAGGGGGGAGCCACAAAAGGGAAGAAAAAAACAUAUUGGGGAGGAUCUAUUGGGAAAUGUUUCGGGAAAAAUAAAAACUGGCUUUCCUUUUGGAGAAAAUCCCCCCUUUUCAGCGGCACAGGAGGUAGCACCACUACAGGUCGCGUGAGAAGUACCUCAAACAAUCUCACAAAUGGGACACUCCAAAAGGGGAAUCCUAAAAAUGACAAAAGAACAAUUCAUAUACAGGAUGGACGCGCACACCAAAGCGGAAACCACAGCUGGAAGGAAGACCUCCUACACAUGUGCAAAAAACACCUCAUCCGAAGCAAAAAAACGAAAGGAGAAAUUCUUUACAGAUAUGCCCCAAAUUAUGAAGAUCUCAUAAAGACAUAUAUUACACACAUUAAAAUUUACGAAAGUAAGUACAAUUAUUUGAAGCAUAAUAAAGGCAACAUAAAGGUGCUAGCGGAUAUUCUACUCGAGUUGCUAAGCUUUCCCUACAUACUAGACGUGUUUCAAAGGUACAACAUUGUAGAUAAGAAAGAAGGGGAAAACUCACACCAUUACGGAAACAACAUAAGCUUUAAUAUUUACAGUAUAUAUGAGAAGUGCUCAUUAAAUAAGAAACACACAGUUUGCAAAAUUGUCAACUAUUUGGAGGAACUCGCAGCGUAUAAAAUAAUUUACAUUAUUACCUUCUACAAGGGGAAGCUGAACUAUCUCCAAUUGUUGGACAAGAUGAGCGUCGACCAUAGCGUUUGCGAGGUUCAGAGAAACAUCGAUCGGAUGUUUUACCACAGGUUUAGCUUCUCCAGGAGAAGAAUGGGAAAGACGCGGGCUAGACACGACCGUCCCACGAGCAGUAGCACCGCAAGCAGCACCCACAACAGUAGUAGCGACCUAGAAUGCAGCCGCUCCCAACCAACAAACGAUAGGUGGACGCCGGGAAAUGGUAAAACGAUGAAAGACCCACCAAAUCAAAGGACUCACGAAAAGACACUCCACGAAGUAAUACUAGAAAGGUACAUCAGACGGAGAAAAUCCUUUGCUAGAAAAUUUUACGAAAUAAAAAAAAGCAUACGCGAAAUUGCAAAAAAGUACAGGCAGGAGGAACAAGGAACAAAGAAAAUCCUUUUUUAUUUCCCAUUUUUUAUUCACAAAAAAGAAAUAAUAAAAAUGAAAAAAAAUGUAGAACAACAAAUAUACGAAUGGAAUGCAUGUCUCACGAAUUUUUUUUCCAAUUUUUUAAAUCAUUCUUUAACGAAGACUCACAUAUGCCAUUAUAAUUUGCGCAUAUUAAACAAGCACAUCUUGAAUAGCAUAAAACAUUCCAUGUUUGCCAAGCAUACAAAUGCUAAGCUUCAUUUUUCGAAUUUUAAUUUUGUGCAUGUUGUUAUUUCCCUUUCAUUUCUUAACCCAGAAAAGGCCAUUUUACUUUCCCCCACCUUUUUCUACAUGAAAUAUUCACCAUCUAAACCAAUUUUUGUUCUCUGCAAUCAGGAUGAUAUUGGCAGCUUGUUAGGGGAGGACGGUGGAAGGGUUCACAAGAAGCGAGGAGACUCGUCAAAGUGGGAAGAAUCAUCAUAUGGGGGGAGUUCACCAGAGGGAGAAAACCCAUCCGAGGGGACAAGCUCAUUGGGAGAAGACGAAUUGAGAGGAAUACAAAAUCAAAAUUGGGAGCGAAAAAAGACACGCCGCGAAAAAGGCAAACGGUGCAAUGUUCCGCGGGGAAAAAAAAAUGCACUCCCCAAGGAAAAAGAAAUAUGUCUCGAAAAAGAAAAACCAAAAGAGCACACAUUACUUCCAUGCUAUCUAGAAAUUGUGAACGACAAUCUCCUUAUAUAUCUUUAUGAUAACUAUGAUAAUAAGCUAUGCUGGAAGCUCGAGCGGGGGAAUUACUCCCUGGAGACACGGGAAAUGUCAUACAGGGAGGGAGAAAAGGAAGCAAAGUAUGCAACGGGGGUAAGGAAGAGAAGGGGAAGAUCUACAAAAAGUAACAACGGAGAAUCCUUUGUGCGAAUAUUACAUCCAUCUGAAGAGGGACACUCAAAUUGCGGCACGUCAGAUAAGGAACAAAGUGAAGUUGUAUACUCAGUCAUUAGUACCGACGAAAAUGAAGACUCGCCAAUUUCAUCACUUUUCAAGAAGAAAAAAAAAGAUACGUCAAAGUACACACGAUUGGAACACAAAAAUGAAAGCAGUCAAAUUAGGGGGAACUUCCCAACAGAUGAAAAAAACUGCUUUGUAAAAUGUGUGCGUCUGUUCUCGAACUGCUUCAGUAACUUAAAGGACAGUUUGGGUAAAAACCUUUGUCUCUUCUUUGCAUGUUACGAGGGGGAAGAGAAUAAACUUCCCAAUGACAGUGCGGAUUACAUCAAGUUGAUAGUAAAAAUUAACCCGGCUGCCGUCCCGCAGCUAAGCAGCACCCUAACUAUAAAUGACCAUGCGUGGGGGAAGCUAACGGAAAGGAAUAAGAUUCUAAUUCGAGAAAGGGUUGCAGAGGUUUGUCUGGAUGUCGCGCAAAUAUUUCCCCCCGGGGGAGGGGGACCACCCGAAAUGGAUCCGAAUUUAGUCCCAUCAGACGAAAUGUUCACCCAUCCCACAAAGGAUCAACGCGGUUACUCGAAUAUCCCACGUGAUAGCAUCAAAGUGGAGGAAUUUGCCCAACCUGAAGGAGUUCACUCCCAAGAUGGAACGAUAAACGGAGAGACCCCCUUGAGUAGCACACACAUAAGCGAAAAAGAGUUUACGCACGAGGAAUGGCACGAACUACACCUAUAUACUUUCAGCUUCUACAAAAAUAAAUUAUCUGAACUGAUAACAAAUUAUACAAAGUCGAUCGGAGUGGAAGCAAGCAAUUCGCCUGAGAACCACGAAAACGCUUACCACGACGUACGUUUAGACAUAAUCGAAAAGAGAAACUCAAUAAAUGAGGCGUGGAGGUAUGACCAAGUAAGGGAAGAAACGGAAAAGGAAUAUGACGGAAGGGAAGAAGAGCAAAGGAACAUUUCUUACCUGCUGAAAGGCAUAGAAAAAAUGAGAAGCACAACAUUUAUAAGGAAAAAAUUUAUGGAAGAUUCAGCAAAAACUACACACAAAGAAUUAAUAUUUUACGACAAAAAUCAACAGCUAUUUUGUAAAUACGUAGGAGAUAUGAAAAAUAAAUUUUACAAUGGCCAUGGCAAAUUAUAUGACAAAUUUAACAGCUUAAUUUAUGAUGGGGAAUGGCUCAACGCACAAAAACACGGAAAGGGGAAAUUACUAUUCAAGUAUUUUAACAUUUGGUACUUGUAUGAAGGACAAUUCUCAAAUGACGAAAUUGUAGACAAGGGAAUCAUCUCCCUGAUCGAUAAGGAAUAUGUGAAAAGGAUACAGUCCGAUAAAAUUAACAAACUGUGUCCCCUACUCAUUAAAGUAAAUUUCGGAAAAUAUAAAUGGCAUAAAACUGCUAAAGGGGAGAUAGAACAAAACCCACAAUUUGAAAAGGAACUCAUCAAACAGAUAGAAAAAACUGCUAUGCAAAAUUACACCCCUAAUAAUAAUGUAGAUUUCUGGCCAAAAGAAAUUACAGAUAUUUACUUCCCCUAUUUGAAGAAAUGGAACAUCUACUCCUUCUACUGCUCAUGCAACAUUGAAAAUAUCAAAGGCAAGAAGGAAAUCUUCGAGUCCAAUGAAAACAAUUUUAAGAAUUUAAUUGGAUAUCCUUCCUUCGAGCUUCGCAAUGGCAAGAACAAUCUCGAUUUGGAUGAGCAGGCAGCCAGUGAAGGAACCCCAGGGGAGGAUUCCCCCAAGCAGACAGUUGCAAAGCACCCCCCGCAGGAGUACAUUCUGUACAAGCGAGACAGAACGAACGUCCUGCACGAGGAAUUCUUCGAGUACAUGAAAAAAAAAAACGAGCAGAAGCUAUACUAUCCGUUACUGAGCAAAACGGUUGGCUUAGCCAAAAUUAUUUACGCAGACAAGAGUGAGUACAUCGGGCCGAUCAAUAGCAGGGGGCAGCCAAACACCAACGAGCAAUUCCCCCAGGCCAUUUUUAACAACGACGAUUUCUUCUACGAAGGAGAAAUGAAAAAUUUUCUGCCGCACGGAUAUGGUAUAUUCAAGAAUAAAAAGGAUGGAAGAAAUACCUACUUGGGAUUUUGGAAAAAUGGACACAGAGAAGGAAAUGGCAGUCUCCAUUUGGGAAACAAAAAAUAUAUAGUUCAGGCAAACUUUACAAAAGAUAAGCUCCAUAGUAACAUUAACAUAUUCAUAAGGGAUGAAAAGAUAUGCAAAAUGUACAUAUCAAAUGUAAGCACAAAUAGCCGGAAAAUAAAAAUAUUUUUCCGAAAUGGCUACAUUUUUUAUGGCCAUUUUUCAGAAAAUUAUCAGCGAAAUGGGAUAGGCAUCCUCAUAGACAGCAACAACAAAAUUCUAUAUCAUGGAUAUUACAAAAAUGACGUGAUCGAUAAAUUCUGCUACAUCCUACGACAUAAGGAUAACACUAUAUAUUGUGGGAACCUCCAUCAAGGGAUGAAAAAAGGGUUUGGGAAAUUAUAUUACGAAGAAAAACUACACUUUGAUGACGAAAAUGAAUUCAAUUUAAGUUUAUCAAAUGCCAAAAUUUUAGCAAGAAAAUUGGAGUCAUACGAUGGUAUUGAUAUCAAUUCAGAUAUCCCCUUAAAUUUCUCUCUCGAUUCUAACCAUGUCAUUUAUGUUGGCUAUUGGGAUGAAAAUAAUUUCUCCCAUUUCGGCUCAUGUAAUUUGAGGAAUGGCAUUUAUAAAGGGGACAUAAAGGAUUCCAAAAAAGAUGGCUUCGGAAUCUACAUAUACAAAAAUAAAAAAUCUUAUAAAAAUAAAAAUAGAUAUGUUCUGUCCUAUUUUAAGAAAGACAAAAUUAGCACCAUGGGGAAAUACUACAGUGAAUAUGAUAAACUGAAAGUACACUCAUUCCACAAAGAACAAAUUAAACGCAAAAAAUCAGCUUACGAUAAAUGCUUCACUAAGGGAAAAAUCAAAUAUGACGUCUUAAAAACUGACAAACUGUACAUAAAUCAGGAGAUCGACUAUUAUAUUACCGUUCCUCUUGCAGACAUACUAUCAGCCAUUAUGGACGAGGUUUUGGAUAAAUCCACCAGCUUUGUUCAUUACUUGUAUCGCCCCUUUCGAUUCGAUUUGAAUUAUUUCUUGAAGAAGUGA